UCAGUUAAAAAUGGAAAAAAGGCCGGAUGCGGUGGCUCACGCCUGUAAUCCCAGCACUUUGGGAGGCCGAGGCAGAUGGAUCACGAGGUCAAGAGAUCGAGACCAUCCUGGUCAACAUGGUGAAACCCCGUCUCUACUAAAAAUACAAAAAUUAUCUGGGUAUGGUGGUGCGUGCCUGUAAUCCCAGCUACUCAGGAGGCUGAGGCAGGAGAAUUGCCUGAACCCAGGAGGCGGAGGUUGUGGUGAGCCGAGAUCGCGCCAUUGCACUCCAGCCUGGGUAACAAGAGCGAAACUCCGUCUCAAAAAAAGGAAAAAAAAAGAAGAAAUUGAUGGCUUUCUUUGUUUAAAAAUGAUUACGUGAGUAUUAGUUUCAUUUUCAUAGUAUGUUUAUCUUUUUUUAGAUAUCUUGCCCUUGAUCAUUUCUUGGAAGCCACAUGAUAAAAACAGAGUAUAGGAUUGGAAGUUAGAGGAACUGACAUCAUACCCUGCUAUCUUCACAUACCAGUAGUCUACCUGCAGAUUGUGAAGAUGGAAAGGGUCCAGCCCCUGGAAGAGAAUGUGGGAAAUGCAGCCAGGCCGAGAUUCGAGAGGAACAAGCUAUUGCUGGUGGCCUCUGUAAUUCAGGGGUUGGGGCUGCUCCUGUGCUUCACCUACAUCUACCUGCACUUCUCUGCUCUUCAGGUACCACAUCAGUAUCCUCGAAUUCAAAGUAUCAAAGUACAAUUUACUGAAUAUAAGAAGGAGAAAGGUUUCAUCCUCACAUCCCAAAAGGAGGAUGAAAUGAUGAAGUUGCAAAACAACUCAAUCGUCAUCAACUGCGAUGGAUUUUAUCUCAUCUCCCUGAAGGGCUACUUCUCGCAGAACAUCAGCAUCAGUCUGCAUUACCAGGAGCAUGAGGAGCCCCUCUUCCAACUGGAAAAGGUCAGGUCUGUCAACUCCUUGAUGGUGGCCUCUCUGACUUACAAAGACAAAGUCUACUUGAAUGUGACCACUGACAGUACCUCCCUGGAUGACUUCUAUGUGAAUGGUGGAGAACUGAUUCUUAUCCAUCAAAAUCCUGGUGAAUACUGCGUCCCCUGAGGGGCUGACGACGACUUCUAAAACCAGGCACCAGCACGAACACCAAGUUGGGGGUGGACAGGACACAGAUUCUUCAUUGCAAGUGACGGAGCCUCCCAGCUCAGCCAUGUGGGAUGUGACAAGCAGCAGAUCCUGGCCCUACUGCCCCCACCCCUCAGGGAUAUUUAAAAUUUAUUUUAUAUAUCACUUCAUCUUAUUUAUCCUUAUAUUUCCUAAAUUGCCUAGCCCUCACACCCCAAGAUUGCCUUGAGCCUACUAGGCACCUUUGUGAGAAAGGAACAAUAGAUGCCUCUUCUUCAAGAUGCAUUGUUUCUAUUGGUCAGGCAAUUGUCAUAAUAAACUUGUUGAAAACGGCACCUGAUUACCAUUUGCUGGAAAUUUGACAUGUGUGGGGAUUACCAAAAUGAAGAGGAGCAAGGAGUGAAGGAGCAGGGUUAUGAAACUGCCAAAGGUGGUGUGAACCAACCCCUGGAAGCCAAAGCGGCCUCUCCAAGGUUAAAUUGGUUGCAGUUUGUGUGCUGCCUAAAUAUAAACUUUCUCAUUUGGUGGGGGUUCCAAAGAAGAAUCAGCUUGUGAAAAAUCAGGACUUAAAGAGAGCCGUCUAAGAGAUAUCAUGUGCUUUUUUUUCUUUACCAUUUUGCUUUCCCAGCUUCCAAACAUAGUUAAUAGAAAUUUCCCUUUGAAGAAUUCUCUGGAUAUGUGAUGCUAUGAAAAGUCACUUAAUCAGUGACUUAAGAUUUUCUUCUAUGCAGGGAGAGUAAGAUAAUUUAUUGUGAAGGGUUAGCUUUACUAUACAGGAGAGUAGGGAACUGGACCUCUCAGGGUAAAAGUUAGUAAGGAUUUUAAUAGUCUGGGGAGGAAAACACAUUCUUUGCCACAGACAGGCAAAGCAACACAUGCUCAUCCUCCUCCCUAUGCUGAGAUACACAUUCAGCGCCAUGUAUUGUACACACAUGCACAUUGCUGGUUUCAAGAAAUGAGGCAAUCCUAUUAUCAAAUUCAAUUUGAUGUCAAAUAGCAUGAAGAAGUUAUUCUGCCUUAUGAAAAAUAAUCUGUCUAGAAAUACCAUAGAUCAUAUAUAGUCUCACACUGAUAACUGAAACUAAAAGGAUCUAUAAUCAGCCAAUGCCAAUGGAAUAGGAUCUUCAAUGGAAUAGGAUCCCCUUAUGUCUAGUUGAAAUGUCCCCUUGAUAUAAUGUGUCAUGCUUAUGGCGCUGUGGAUAAUAUGAUUUUUCAUGUCAAGUUUCCAGAUGAUUUGUAACUUCUCUGUGCCAAAACUUUUAAAAACUUAAAUUUUUUAGAUAUAUAUUUUAAAAUUGUAGCAAAUGUUUCCUUGACACUUUAAAUAGAGGAUACAACAUAGCACAGAAUCUUUCUGGAUGAUUCUGUGUUAUCAAGGAAUUGUACUGUGCUACAAUUAUCUCCAGAAUCUCCGGAAAGAUGGAGGGCUGUUUGCCCUUACACUAAAUAGUCUCAGUGGAUUUUCUUCCUGUGUGUUUGAUACCAGUUUUUUAUUUCCUCUUAUGUAUCUAUCUUCAACUAUAUUCCCAUUCCUCCAUUUUAAUCUGUUAGGUAAAUAAAAAUGCUAAAUAGAAGAAAUUGUAUGUAAACUAAGAGUAAUCAAUUUCUGAGUGGCUGCCAAGACACUCACAGAAUCAUAAUCAUAGCUAAACAUUUAUGGAGGGCCUAUUGUGGACCAGGCACUGGGCUAAUUACUUAUAUUUACAAGAAUCGUUCUGAGACAGAUACUCAGUGAUAUCUCUCUUCACUAUUCAGAUUUGUGGUGUAAGUGUGUGUAGUUCACUUUUUGUUAUUGACAAUGUUCUGCUAAUUGCAGUUACUCAGUGAGUGAUAUCUGGAAAAGUAAAUGUUUAUGACUAUAGGUCAUAUUUAGGAAAACGUCAGAGAUUACUACAAACAGCUCUAUGCACAUAAACCAGUAAACCAGGAAGAAAUGGAUAAAUUCCUAGACACUUGUACUCUACUGAGACUAAACCAGGAGGAAGUUGAAACCCUGAAUAGCCUAGUAACAAUGGCUGAAGUAGAGGCAGCAAUCAAUAGCCUACCAACCAAGAAAAGCCCAGGUCCACACGGGUUCACAGCCAAAUUCUAACAGACGUACAAAGAGGAGCUGGUUUCAUUCCUUCUGAAACUGUAACAAACAAUACGAAAGGAGGGAAUCCUCCCUAACCCAUUUUAUGAAACGAACAUCAUCCUGAUACCAAAACCAGGCAGAGACUCAACUAAAAAAGAAAACUUCAGGCCAAUAUCCAUGAUGAACAUCGAUGCAAAAAGCUUCAGUAAAAUACUGGCAAACAGAUUGCAACAGUACCUCAAGAAGCUUAUUCAUCAUGACCAAGUAGGCUUCAUCCCAGGGAUGCAAGGCUGGUCCAACAAAUACGAUCCAUAAAUGUAAUCCAUCAUAGAAACGGAACCAAAGACAAAAACCACAUGAUUAUCUCCAUAGAUGCAGAGAAGGCCUUUGAUAAAAUUCAACAGCACUUCAUGCUAAAAACUCUCAAUAAAGUAGGUAUUGAUGGAACAUAUCAUAAAAUGAUAAAAGCUAUAUAUGAGAAACCUACAGCCAAUAUCAUACUGAAUGGGCAAAAGCUGGAAGCAUUACCUUUGAAAUCAGGCACUAGACAAGGAUGCACUCCCUCACUACUCCUAUUCCACUUAGUAUUGGAAGUUCUAGCCAGAGUAGUCAGGCAAGAAAAAGAAAUAAAGGGUAUUCAAUUAGGAAAGAGGAAGUCAAACUGUAUCUGUAGAUGACAUAAUUGUGUCUAGAAGACCCCAUCGUCUCAGCCCCAAAUCUUCUCAAAUUGAUAAGCAACUUUAGCAAAGUCUCAGGAUACAAAAUCAAUGUGCAGAAAUCACAAGCACUCCUAUAUACCAAUAACAGACAAACAGCCAAAUCAAGAGCAAACUCCCAUUCAGAUUGCUACAAAGAGAAUAAAACACCUAGGAAUACAAUUAACAAAGGAUGUAAAGGACCUCUUCACAGAGAACUACAACCCACUGCUCAAGGAAAUAAAGAGGACACAAACAGAUGGAGAAACAUUGCAUGCUGCUCAUGGUUAGGAAGAAUCAAUAUCGUGAAAAUGGCCAUAAUACCCAAAGUAAUCUAUAGAUUCAACACUAUCCCCAUCAAGCUACCAAGGACCUUCUUCACAGAACUGGAAAAAAACCACUUUAAAUUUCAUAUGGAAUCACAAAAGACCCUGCAUAGCCAAGACAAUCCUAAGCAAAAAGAACAAAGCCAGAGGCAUCACACUGCCGGACUUCAAAGUAUACUACAAGUCUACAGUAAUCAAAGCAGCAUGGUAUUGGUAGAAAAUAGAGACAUAGACCAAUGGAACAGAACAGAGAUCCCAGAAGAAAUACCACACAUCUACAACCAUCUGAUCUUUGACAAACCCAGAAAAAACAAGCAAUGGGGAAAGGACUCCAUGUUUAAUAAAUGGUGUUGGGAAAACUGGCUAGCAACGUGCAGAAAGCAGAAACUAGACCCCUACCUGCACCUUACACUAAAAUUAACUCCAGAUGGAUUAAAGAUUUAAACAUAAAAGCUAGCAUCAUAAAAACACUAGAAGAAAAUGUAGGCAAAACCAUCCAGGACAUAGGCAUAGGCAAGGACUUCAUGACUGAAACACCAAAAGCAAUGGUAAUAAAAGCCAAGAUAGACAAAUGGGAUCUAAUUAAACUCCAGAGCUUCUGUACAGCAAGAGAGACAAUCUUUAGAGCGAAUAGGCAACCAGCAGAAUGGGGAAAAAUUUUUGUGAUCUACCCAUUUCACAAAGGGCUAAUAUCCAGAAUCUACAAAGAACUAAAACAGAUAUAAAAGAAAAAAACCCCAUUCAAAAGUGGGUGAAGGAUAUAAACAGAUACUUUUCAAAAGAAGACAUAUAUGAGGCCAACAAACAUGAAAAAAAUGCUUAUCAUCACUGGUCAUUAGAGAAAUGCAAAUGACAACCACACUGAGAUAUCAUCUCACGCCAGUUAGAAUGGUGAUCAUUAAAAAAUCUGGAGACAGAUGCUGGAGAGGAUAUGGAGAAAUAGGAACACUUUUACACUGUUGGUGGGAUUGUAAAUUAAUUCAACCAUUGUGGAAGACAGUGUGGCAAUUCCUCAAGGAUCUAGAAAUAGAGAUUCCAUUUGACCCAGCAAUCCCAUUACUGGGUAUAUACCCAAAGAACUAUAAAUCGUUCUACUAUAAAUACACAUGCACAUGUAUGUUCAUUGCAGCCCUGUGUACAAUAGCAAAGACCUGGAACCAACCCAAAUGCCCAUCAGUUAUAGACUGGACAAAGAAAAUGUGGCACAUAUACACCAUGGAAUACUAUGCAGAUAAAAAACGAUGAGUUUGUGUCCUUUGUAGGCACAUGGAUGAAUCUGGAAACCAUCAUUCUCAGCAAACUGACACAAGAACAAAAAGCUAAACACAUGUUUUCAGUCAUAGGUGGUGGUGAACAACAAGAACAUGUGGACUCAGGGAGAGGAGCAUCACACACUGGGGGUAGU